AUGCUCGGCUUUGGAACUACUUUGACAGAGCAGGAGCGGGCAGUGAAGCGGCUGAAGAUUGACAGCCCUUCAGCGUCUCUUGAGUGUGAAGACAACAGUGACAACAGCACCUACGUUCCCCACAUCGUAGAAGUCAAUCCUGCGCCAACGGACGUGCACUGUACUUCACUCCCGUCCAAGCAGAUUGGCACUUCUGCAGUGGAGGCGGUGAACGGUGCCUCUCCCGAGGAAGUCUCACUGACGAACUCGUCGAGGAGUCGCUACAACAGCGAUGACGAUGGGAACGGCAAGGAUGAAGAUGCGAAUGAUGACCUCCUAUCUUCCCCAGUCGCACGGCAGUGCAGCAGCGACACGUGGCGCUUGACGCGCACGCCGAUGGGGUCUACUCUGAGGGCUACCUCCACCAUAGCCGGCGGCGUAGCUUCUCGGCCGCUCCCCAUCACGACAAACGGCGCAAUCACCACACUGCGCAGUCUCGGCCAGCUGCAGACACUCGUGGGCAGCAGAAACACAGCGUCCGCAAAGGAUAAUGCGCACCCCAGCCUGCGACUCAAGCCGGGGGAGACGGUAAUGCUGCUGCUGUAUUUUGACGAGACGUCCCUGCGCUCGCUAAUUAACGGAGCGACGGCGGAGCUGUCGCAGAUGCGCGUGUUCACGCUGAACCUGGCGAAGUUGCCGCCGCAGGACUACGAGGUGACCCCAGAAAAACGUCUGGGCGCUGAUGGCUGUACGAACAGCCCCGACGCAAGCGGGCGUGUGCGGCGUGAGGGCGGCACCGCCGCGCCCGCCGCUGGCGUCACCCAAGCUACGACGCACGACAGCGAAGACGAGAACGAGGAGGAGCUAGUGCUGACGGUCCACCCGAUGGCGGUGUCGACAGCGGCCGCGGCGGAGACCAGCGCCAUCGCGGAGAAGGAGCGCCUCCCUCACGCAUCGGUAUCCGUCAGUGGCGCCCUCACACUCGACGAGGUCUCCAGCGUCUCCUCUCUCUCCGUUCACCUCCACCACGCUAGCGAUAUCAUCAGCGAUAAGGUGCACCAGAUGCUGGCGGUGGAUACCAUACUGAACCCCCAAGCUUCCCAACAGCAGCGUGCUCAUGGGAACAGCGACGGCGGUGCUGGUGUCGUUGGCAAGGAGCCCUUACUGUUCCCUGCCAUGAUUGUUUGGCGCGCCGCCGGUGCCCCACGCGAGGAGUACCCACCGGGCCCGCCGCAGACCUACUCCUCCCAGCCUCCGCCAACCCAAGCUGAGCUCUUUUGCGACCGCCUUUCUACAGAGGGUGGGCCGCUGGUGGUGAAGGAAGCGACUGGGGUGGACCAGGUGCACUCAUUGACGCUGUUCCGCCCUGUCUUCACGAUGGAGCAUCUUUUCCGCACCCUCGUCCGCACUGUCGCGCCGUCGUUUGCCGCCAGAGGCACCGGCGACAAGUCCCGUACGGUGCUGUACCUCGGUGCGUCGUGGUGUCCGCCCUGCAUGCGCUUCGUACGCGAGAUGCCGCAGCUCAUGCGCGAGGAUCUGCCGCCGAGUGUCGUGUGCACCCUGAAGGCGGACAUGGACUUGGCCAAGCCGAUCUACGACUAUUUCAAGGUGGAGAUUAUCCCCACUUUUGUCGUCCUGGACAACGAGGUGCUCAUGAAGUGCUACGAGAGAGUACAGUGCCAGCGGAGCAGCGCUGCUAGUUGCAACAACAGCGGCGGCGCCUCGCAGUCUGACUACGCCCGUGCCAUCCAGGAAGCCUUCUCUAAAGCAGAACUGGGCCGUCUGCAGAACUCCAACAGACGUCUUGUUAGCACCUUCAUCUCUAAGCACAGCCAAUCGCUGAGCUUUGAUGAAGACUUCUGA